AUGUUUGUACCUAAGGCGCUCUCAUCCGCAGCUUCUCAGCGCAACCCCCGGAGGCGUCAGCGUACGAACUCAGACGAAUCACCAAAACCUCCUAGUGCGAAAAGACAAAGAUCUAAUCUCCGUCAAAACGACUUGGUGCCAGCCUCUCAAAUUUUGAACAACAAUCAUGCCAAGCUCGAAUUCCAGGAACGCCAGCAGUCAACUUUAUCUAACGAAGGUGUCGCAAUUUCAGAAACUGCUCACAUCCACAGGAACAUUCCUAUAAGAGCUGUCAAAAGAUCCGAGAAGCGCGAAGAUGAAGCCGAAGGAACAGUGGUGCUCCUACCCACUCUGCCAGACCAGGUGCUUGGUUUACAAACAGGCGAACGUGCAGGGCCUUUUAGAGGUUCGUUUGGAACCAGUCAUGGAUAUGCUUUGGCUUUAACCAAAUCGCAUGCUAUUGUCUGGGCAUAUUCGAACACAGCUCCAUCGCCUUCUCCUGCAGAUGUUUUCACACUCACAAUACCCGAGUCCUGCAAAGAGCCCGGUAACACUGCCCCCCUUGGGUUGCUAUUGUCUACCGUUGCAGGCGGGGUUCCGGGGUUGAUGGUGGUCAUGCCAUAUACCGGAAAAAUAAUAUACUGGGAAACCAUAUCAAGCGCUGCAACCUUAGCUUUCUCCAGACAGAAGCAUUCUGGCAUCCAAGGCUGUGUCCCUGGCUUACUCUCAGGCGAGCAUGCUACAGACGUGAUAAAUAGCGAGCCUUCUGGUGUCGUUGUUUUAUUUUCUACUGGAAGGGUUGCUCAUAUAACCACCAGAGAUAGUCAAGGAAAACCAGCAGUUACUGUUUCUUUCCUGAGAAGCCCGGCAGGUGGCGGUAGACCCGGAUUAUUUGGAAGCUUGAGAAAUGCUCUUGGAGGUGGCUUUUACAGAAAAGACAUCGCUACAGUUCGAGCGGGCGAAUCCCAUCAGCGUGGGCAACGAGAUGUUGUAAUAGCUACGUCUCUAGGUCUCUUCGAAAUUUGGGAUACCCACUGGAACAACGGGAGCAUCCUCAAGCAUCAGUUUGAUGUAUAUGAUCUCUUGAGUGAAGCACUCGGACCUCUCAUCGUGGGUCAAGCCGACGAUUAUAGGUUGAAGGUCUUAGAUUUUGUCUUGGCCGACUGCAAAAGCACUAAUCCUCGUGAUGGGCCCCAUUCCUCGCUGGUAACAGCGGUUGUGGUUUCUGUCUCACAAUCCGCCCCCGGCAUCGUUCGGGACAUGUUUGUCGUCCAAAUGCGAUUUUCAGACGAUGUCCAAAUCUUAUCUACUAAUACGAUAGAUUUUCAUGGACUACGUACUCACCUCGACCUUCCGCGAGUAAGGCUGUUUGUACCAAGUCCCGGACAUACCGCUUUCAUUGUGGUUGGGCAGUCGAUUGUGUUGCUAUCGUUGGCCAUUCCGGAACAUCUUACUAUUGCUCAGGAAACGGUUCCCAUAACUCAGCAAGAGCGAGCGUUCAAGGAUAUUAUUCCUUUACGUUCUGGAGAGAGUUACGAAAUUUUAGGAAGCGGAUAUGAAAACCAGAAUGGUGAAGGCUCGUUGGCCGCAUGUCUACUGAUGGUUCGAGAUUUUGGAAUCAUUCGUAUCGCAGCUUUUCCGAGUGAAAGAACAAAGAGCAACGUUGAUGAUGGCCGUAUCACUGCGAAGCAUAAAAUUGAACAGGCUAUAUUCUAUGGCACAAUGACAAAAAACCCACUGAAUCUUACAGGUAAUGAUGGAAUAGGAUUUCCAAUCAAUGAGACGGAGGAUGCUGCAUUGGAAAUAUGCCAGGAAUUAAUGCGGUCUGCAUCGGAUUUCAUUCCAUCGACUGGGAUUUCCGUGGAUCAGAAUUUGAAACUGCGAGCGAAAGCACUCGACGACCUCGCCCUCUUGUUGACACAGCAGAAUGAGACUAUCCGCCGGGAAGUCUGGUGGCAGUUACUUUGGAGUGCGGAGAAACUGGCUGCUCAAAGAGCCAUGUGGAAGUUGGAAGACGAAGCCAGGAAAUGCGCGAGCAAAAAUUCAACACUGCUGGCGCACAUAAUUGGGUUAAUGAGCGAGAAGUUCAAAACGAAGAUAGAAGAGCAGACCGGUGAGUGCGACCCAGUGCGCCAUUGGUUUCUGUAUGAUACUUUUCAGAUGGAACAUAUCGUGCCGUGGGUCUUUCACGCCAUCAAGCCUCAAAAGGGGAGCUCUUCAAAACCAGGACGACGGAUGUCAGAGCAGCUACUCGAAGCUAGUGACUUGUCAUUAGCAGUUCUGGAGACAGCGUUUCGUUAUCGAGACGAGAAUUCAAGCCGGUACGGUAUUGGCGAUGGUUAUCUGGAGAACGGCAUAUUGACGGGUGACUACACUGGUCUUUCGGAGUUUUGGACUUCUCAGCGCUAUUGUUACAUUGAAUUUGGACAUCUGCUGGAUCUGGAGCUUGAUAGCUGCAGGGCUUGGAUCCAGAAAACAACGAUUGGUGUUGAGCUACCUGAAACUCAAACAGUGAGAAGGAUCGCCAGAAAUAGUUCCAGGCAGCUUCAGAUUCUGGGGCUCAUGCACUGUGAACGAGUCCGGUGGCUUUCGGCCCAAGAGAAUCAGAAACUUAUCGACGAAAGCAUUGCGACUAAACAAGCUCACAUCAAGCAACGGAAAUGGCAGCUAUUCAAGUUGGCCGGAAUAGGACACCUAGACGAUGCCAUUAUGCUUGCCGAACAGUUCCGAGACAUGGGAGCGCUCGUGGAACUCAUAAUCGAGCUUCAGGACCAAACCAAGAGCCUUGUGACGCAUCAAGAUUCGCCAAACAAAAAUGCAGGUGCCGACGAGAAUGCAUCUGAGCGACUCAGUCAAAAAAUCUCCUUUUACUUCGAAAAAUUCGGGGAAUCAUGGGCCGAUUCCUUCUUCUCCCGACAGAUCUCCAUGGGUCAAUCUGGGAUACUUUUUGCGAUGAAAAAGUUUCAGCCCUUCGUCACUCGGUUCUUGCGGAAACAUCCGGCUUAUCUGCGGCUGGGCUGGAUCAAUGAUGUGAUCGGCGAGAAUGACUAUGAGGGCGCUGCUCGGUCCUUGGAGAAGCUUGCCACGAAGCAUGAAUCAGAUAUAUGGAGUCAUCGUGUUGAGUUGUCUCUAGCAAAGCUUGCGAAUCUUGCUGUCUGGGAGGAGUCUCGAAUGCCAGAUAGUCUAGUCGUUCGCAGGAACGUCAGACGUUUGGAAGAUCUUGCGGAGGUUGAUGCUGUUCAAGAAGUCAUUUUCGCCUAUGUCUCGCCCGCGUUACACAGUGCAAUUGAUCAGAAAGCGGAGAUUGAUAUCGCGAUCGAACAAUUUCGCAACCCAGCAGCCGCGGAUAGGCCUUCCUUGCACGAGAUAUUUAGCGAGGCUCUGGCUAAGAUUGUCACUCGACAAGUCCUCGAUUCGGAUGAAUUAGUCGACCUGCUAACGCACAUAUACCUAUCCCAGGCCUCUGAGCAAGGUCAGGAUGAAAUCGUGGGGAAACAAUUUUACCUAGCUUUGAGGAUUAUCCGACUCUCUUACGAUCAGCGAGAUCCACAAUACCAUGCAGCACUGCAGAAAUUAGUAUGGAGAAGAUGCAUGAUAGAUAACAAUUGGGAAAGAAUGGAAGAGGCAGCUGAGGGAUUGGGAAUGGACACCGAAAGUUUCCUCUAUGCUACCACACUCUCACGUACCCUUUGUUGGUGCCUCAGGGACGGCCUUGAUGAAGACUCUAACUACCCUUCUAUAUACGUCCCUAACGGUCCACACGACGUGUUGCUAAGCGAGUCUGACGCUGAUCUUAUUACAACGCGUUUUCCACCUGAGCGGCGUGCCCGCAUCUCUCGUGAUCUUGCCAGGGAGAACGAAAUCUUACUUCAGCAGAUCGAAAAAGGAAAGCUUGAUUUUUGGUUCAAGAACCUUUUUGACUCAGCCAAGGCCACGCGUCAAGGGCCUUCUGGGCUUUCUGCCGACGAUGAUAAGAAUGGCACUGCGCAUAAUGAAACGCAACACGAUUUAUCAACCGAUAAGGCACAGCUGAGUUGGCUCUAG